CGCGGAACCAUGUUACCCGUUAGUAUGCUGAAAUGAGUCCGCGGGGAAAUGUGUAAACCCUCGUAUGCACAGAUUUCCCUACAGUAAAAUCCCAAAAUUUUCAAAUAGUACGUGACGCGAGAAUAACCAUGAAGUUCCUGCUUCUGAGAAAACCUUGGCUCGCCACGACUUCCUCCUCAAUUUCCGCUUUGACGUUCAUCGGCGUCCUUUCAUUUCUCUCGUCGCAAUGGGAAUCCGCUUCCGGAGCAGUGCUUUUCGUGACGAGCAAAAUCCCGUUCCUGGACAUGCCUUACGAAAUGGACGAGACGGAAUUGUUCAUCGCACUUCCGGUCGUGGGUUUCGUCUGGGGCAUGUACAUUUUCGGCAUCCUUCCGGUCAAGGUGGGCGGCAAGAAUCUGCUGACUUCGCUCGUCACGGAUCGCCUCCAGGAAUCCGGAAAUAAUAGCAAUGCGACUGAACCGACGUGUGAGGCUCUGACUGUCCUUGACUUGCUGAGAUGUCGCUUCAAUACAACAGCUGCAGCAGAUGGUGAAAGGAACCAGACUUCCCUGAUGAAUCCAGAAGAAUCCCUGCGAUACGAUCUAUUGACUGAAAUUGCCAACACCCUGGUCAAAUUGGACGACAAUCAAAUUGAGGAUACACUUGGCUCAGGCAGAAGCAGCAGUCCUUUACUUGAUGGGGAUACCAAUGAGCCUGAUGGACAAUGGGUCAUUGGUCGGACCAUAAAGGUCACGAGCUGCACUUUCGUGUUGGCUUCGCAGUUGCGCACAAGCACUUGGUCUGGAAAAGUGGAGCAUUGCUCAUUUUCAGCUGUUUUGUUUGUUGGAUUCUCCUUGUCCCAUAUCUGGUGA